CGCGGGCGCGCAGGCCCAAGCGGACUGGGGACGCGGAGGCAGUUGGCGGUGGCUGACGGAAAGUCCUGGCAGGACGGCGAGGGGCUGCGGCGGAGAUACCGGUCCCUAGGGGCAGAAGCGGAGACCGCGGUUGAGGCGGCCGUUCCAACGCGUGCUCUCUAGGCGGGGUGCGGCGGGGGAUGUGCCUGCCCAGGCCGGGCGGAGUCUCUGUGACAGGGCGGGGGAUGCGCGGACGCUGCUCGCUCGGACCCUGAGGCGGCUGGGCCCACCCUCGCGGAACCGUCCGACCCCUGGCGGCCUCAGCCUCUGCUGUUUUUCGCUGGCCUGACCCUGGAAACCGAGGGUGGGAAGCGGCUGCUGCAGAAGAGGAAGGGGCUGUGGUGGCCACCGCGGCACAGCCCGAGUUCUUUUGCCAAGAAAAUGAUUUGCCCAGUCCUGAAUGCAUACUGUCCGUUCUGAUGGGACAAGAUCCAAUAUGAAUGUAAGUGAUGGAGGAAGACGACGCUUUGAGGAUAAUGAACAUACAUUACGGAUAUAUCCUGGGACAAUUUCAGAAGGGACAAUUUACUGUCCAAUUCCUGCCAGAAAAAACUCCACAGCUGCUGAGGUGAUUGACUCUCUUAUAAAUAGACUUCACCUAGACAAAACAAAAUGUUACGUUUUAGCAGAGGUAAAGGAAUUUGGUGGGGAAGAAUGGAUACUCAAUCCAACGGACUGUCCAGUUCAACGAAUGAUGUUGUGGCCCCGAAUGGCUUUGGAAAAUCGCUUGAGUGGAGAGGACUACCGCUUUCUUCUGAGAGAAAAAAACCUUGAUGGAUCAAUUCAUUAUGGUAGCCUCCAAUCAUGGCUACGGGUAACCGAAGAACGCCGCAGGAUGAUGGAACGGGGUUUUCUUCCACAGCCUCAACAGAAAGACUUUGAUGAUUUAUGUAGCUUACCUGAUUUGAAUGAGAAAACUCUCUUAGAAAACCUACGGAAUCGCUUUAAGCAUGAAAAAAUUUAUACUUAUGUUGGCAGUAUUCUAAUAGCUAUUAACCCAUUCAAAUUUCUUCCUAUUUAUAACCCCAAAUAUGUCAAAAUGUAUGAUAACCACCAGUUGGGAAAACUUGAACCCCACAUAUAUGCUGUGGCAGAUGUAGCUUAUCAUGCUAUGCUUCAGCGCAAAAAGAAUCAGUGUAUUGUGAUUUCAGGAGAGAGUGGUUCUGGGAAGACACAGAGCACAAACUUUCUUAUUCAUCACCUUACUGCACUCAGUCAAAAAGGAUUUGCUAGCGGAGUAGAACAAAUUAUUCUUGGAGCUGGACCAGUACUUGAGGCCUUUGGAAAUGCAAAGACAGCUCAUAAUAACAAUUCAAGUCGUUUUGGCAAGUUUAUUCAAGUAAAUUACCAAGAAACAGGCACUGUACUUGGGGCCUAUGUUGAAAAAUAUCUACUGGAGAAAUCUAGACUUGUUUAUCAAGAGCAUAAUGAACGGAACUAUCAUGUAUUCUAUUACCUCCUCGCAGGAGCAAGUGAAGAAGAGAGGUUAGCAUUUCACCUUAAACAGCCUGAGGAGUAUCAUUAUCUCAAUCAGAUAACAAAGAAACCCCUCAGACAGAGCUGGGAUGAUUAUUGCUAUGAUUCUGAGCCGGAUUGCUUCACAGUGGAGGGAGAAGAUUUGAGGCAUGAUUUUGAACGAUUACAAUUGGCCAUGGAGAUGGUAGGAUUUCUUCCCAAGACACGAAGACAGAUUUUCUCUCUGCUCUCAGCAAUACUACAUUUGGGUAAUAUCUCCUACAAAAAGAAGACCUAUCGGGAUGACUCUAUUGAUAUCUGUAAUCCUGAAGUACUGCCUAUUGUCUCAGAAUUAUUAGAAGUUAAAGAAGAGAUGCUCUUUGAAGCAUUAGUUACAAGGAAGACGGUGACGGUGGGAGAAAAACUUAUUUUGCCGUAUAAGCUGGCAGAGGCUGUGACAGUGAGAAACUCUAUGGCUAAGUCUUUAUAUAGUGCUCUGUUUGACUGGAUAGUUUUUCGUAUUAAUCAUGCACUUCUGAAUAGUAAAGAUUUGGAACACGAUACCAAGACUUUGUCCAUUGGUGUUCUUGAUAUUUUUGGUUUUGAAGAUUAUGAAAAUAAUAGUUUUGAGCAGUUCUGUAUUAAUUUUGCUAAUGAACGUUUACAGCACUACUUUAACCAGCAUAUCUUCAAGUUGGAGCAGGAGGAAUAUAGAACUGAAGGUAUCAGUUGGCACAACAUAGAUUAUAUUGAUAAUACUUGUUGCAUAAAUCUUAUUAGCAGAAAACCAACAGGACUGCUCCAUCUUUUGGAUGAAGAAAGCAACUUUCCACAGGCUACAAAUCAAACAUUACUAGACAAGUUUAAACAUCAACAUGAAGAGAAUUCUUAUAUUGAAUUUCCAGCUGUGAUGGAGCCUGCUUUUAUCAUAAAACAUUAUGCUGGAAAAGUAAAAUAUGGAGUAAAGGAUUUUCGGGAAAAAAAUACAGAUCACAUGCGUCCAGACAUUGUGGCUCUUUUGAGAAGUAGCAGGAACGCCUUUGUCUCUGGGAUGACUGGAAUUGAUCCUGUAGCUGUUUUCCGAUGGGCAGUUCUCCGAGCUUUUUUCAGAGCUGUGGUUGCCUUCAGGGAAGCUGGGAAAAAACACAUUCAUAGAAAAAGUGGACAUGAUGAUACAACGCCAUGUGCAAUUUUGAAAAGUAUGGAUAGUUUUAGCUUUCUCCAACACCCAGUCCACCAGAGGAGCUUAGAGAUUCUGCAGAGGUGCAAGGAAGAGAAGUACAGUAUAACCCGCAAAAACCCAAGAACACCUCUUUCUGAUCUUCAGGGCAUGAACACUCUAAAUGAAAAAAAUCAACAUGAUACAUAUGAUAUUGCCUGGAAUGUCAGAAGUGGCAUUCGCCAAAGCAGACUACCAACUAGCAACACUUCCUUGCUUGAUAAAGAUGGGAUAUUUGCUAAUUCAGCAAGCAGCAAACUCCUGGAAAGAGCUCAUGGAAUUCUCACAAGAAACAAAAACUUCAAAUCAAAACCCGUUCUUCCAAAGAACUUGCUGGAGGUAAAUUCUUUGAAGCAUCUAACAAGACUGACCCUACAGGAUCGAAUCACCAAAUCCCUUCUUCAUCUGCACAAGAAGAAGAAACCUCCCAGUAUCAGCGCCCAGUUUCAGGCCUCCUUAAGCAAGCUAAUGGAGACACUUGGUCAAGCAGAACCAUAUUUUGUCAAAUGUAUUCGCUCAAAUGCAGAAAAGCUGCCCUUAAGAUUCAAUGAUGCCUUGGUACUAAGACAGCUUCGGUACACUGGGAUGCUGGAAACAGUUCGAAUUCGCCAAUCAGGAUAUAGCUCCAAAUAUUCUUUCCAGGAUUUUGUGAGUCACUUUCAUGUACUUCUUCCCCGGAAUAUUAUGCCAUCUAAAUUUAACAUUCAGGAUUUCUUCAGGAAAGUAAAUAUUAAUCCUGAUAAUUAUCAAGUUGGAAAAACUAUGGUUUUCCUAAAGGAACAUGAACGACAGCACUUACAAGAUCUGCUUCAUCAGGAAGUGCUUCGCAGAAUCAUUGUGUUGCAGCAGUGGUUUAGGGUCUUGCUCUGUAGGCAGCAGUUCCUCCAUUUGAGACAGGCAUCUGUUAUUAUCCAGCGUUUCUGGAGGAAUUACCUAAAUCAGAAGCAAGUCAGAAAUGCGGCUGUGCAAAAAGAUGCUUUCAUUAUGGCUAGUGCAGCUUCCCUUCUCCAAGCUUCCUGGCGUGCUCACUUAGAGAGACAGCGAUACUUGGAGUUACGAGCUGCAGCUAUCAUUAUCCAGCAGAGAUGGAGGGAACUGUGUAGGUGCAGGCACAGGGCUGCUACCUGUAUACAGGCAAAGUGGAGGAGCUACAGGCAAAGUAAGAAGUACAAAGAACAAAGGAACAAAAUUAUCCUUUUACAAUCAACAUAUAGAGGAUUCAGAGCAAGACAAAGGUAUAAAGCUUUAAAAGAGCAAAGGCUGAAAGAAACAAAACUAGAGCAUGGAUUGGUACAUAUCAAGGCAUGUGGAAAUCUAGAAAUACAGGGCUCAGACCCUUCUGAGUGGGAGGAUCGUUCUUUUGACAACAGAGUGAAGGCCAUAGAGGAAUGUAAAUCUGUGAUAGAGAGUAAUCGAAUUAGCCGUGAGAGUUCAAUGGAUUUCUCAAAGGAGUCCCCAGACAAGCAACAGGAGAGAGGCAGAAGCCAAAGUGGUACAGACUUGCAGGGAGAAGUGAUUGUAAGACAGAGACCCAAGUCCUUGGAGGAUCUCCAUCAGAAAAAAGUAGGUCGGGCCAAAAGAGAAAGUCGGAGAAUGAGAGAAUUGGAACAAGCUAUAUUUAGCUUAGAAUUGCUGAAAGUCCGUUCUCUUGGUGGUGUGUCUCCUUCAGAGGAACGUAGAUGGUCUACAGAAUUGAUGCCUGAAGGCCUGCAGUCUCCGCAGGGCACACCUGAUAGUGAGAGCUCACAAGGGAGCUUAGAACUUCUGACCUGUGAGGAGAGCCUAAAGGGCAAACCAGAGUCCCUUAUUUUAGAUGAGGGUAAUAAAUUGAAAAUUUCAUCACCCAGUAUACCUACCAAUCCAAAAUUCGAUUCACAAGACAAUGCCCUCAGUGCCUCAAAUGAGACUGGCUCUGCAGUGACUGGCAAAGGAGCACCCUGUGACUCAGAGCAGUUGAAGAAUGGGACUGCAAAGGCAAAGCUGGUCUGCAGUUCUGAACCUGUCACUUGUAAACCCCAGCUGAGAGACUCCUUUGUUUCCAGUAGUCUGCCUACAUUUUUUUAUAUUCCCCAUCAAGAACCUCUGAAAACAAGUUCCCAACCAGACACAAGUAUCCAGAGAAACAAACUGCUGGAAAGAGAAGCCACUUUGAAUACAGCUUUUUCUCCAGAUAUCAACAGGGAAACCAGGAAGUGUCAGUUCUUCAGAGAUGAAUUGAAUACAGAUGCUUCUUGUACUGUGCUUAAGAAGUUAGAAAAGCUGAAUACUGAAAAGGAGAAAAGGCAAAAGCAGUUACAGCAGCAGAAUGAAAAAGAAAUGAUGGAACAGAUUCGUCAGCAGACAGACAUUUUAGAGAAGGAGCGUCAAGCCUUCAAGACAAUUGAGCAGGCACCAUCCUCUUAUCAGUCAAGACAAAGAGUAGAGAGGCCAUCUUCUCUGCAUAUCCAGAAUACCCCAAGUAAGGGAGAAGCUGCUGUACCAGGUUUCCCAUCAGCAGUCACUAAAAGAGGUAGUCCCUCCAUUCAUUUACCUCCGAAAGACCGACCUGUCACCCUGUUCUUUGAAAGAAAAGGAAGCCCAUGCCAAUCUAGGACUGUCAAGGAAUUACCCAAGACAGAAAGAGUAGGCACCCAACAUAAUGCUGCCUGUAAACUCUCUAAUAACCGCAUUACAGAAAGAGAACACUUUAGGUCAGCUCACUCUUAUGGCCACAGAUCUGAUGACCCUUCCAGAGGGGGAAGUUCAAGAGCCAUUUUCUUCACACCAAAAGACAAUAUGAUUAUUCCACUUGUACAUAGUGAAAAUCCUCAAGUCCACAAACAAGAUGAACCAGCUUGGAAAUCUAAGUUAGCAGGGCCGGGCCAACGAGAGCAGGUUGCCAGACCGGCCCAUAAAAAGAAAGCUCGAAUGGCGCGGACGCGCUCCGAUUUCUUGACUAGAGGUACUUUUGCCGAUGGGGAGGGGGAUACAGAGGAAGAUGAUUACGAUGACAUUAUUGAGCCCCUUCUCUCCCUUGACCAAGCUUCUCACUCUGAGCUAGGGCCUGUAUCCAGCCUGGGUCAGGCCUCUCACAGUGACUCCGAAAUGACAUCACAGCGAUUUUCUUCAGUUGAUGAGCAAACAAAGCUCCAUAAGGCUAUGUCUCAAGGAGAGAUUACAAAAUUGGCAGUAAGACAGAAGUCUUCCGAUUUGGACAUAAGACCCCAGAGAGCGAAGAUGAGAUUCUGGGCGAAAGGGAAACAAGGAGAGAAGAAGACUACUAGAGUAAAACCUGCUCCCCAGUCUGAGGUCUCAUCACUCUCUGCUGGCUCAGAUGUGACAUCUGCUAAUCCAUUUUCAGAUGAAUUAACCCAGUAUCACCCAACACCUCCUUUGAGCCCAGAACUACCUGGGAGUUGCCGAAAAGAGUUCAAAGAGAAUAAGGAGCCUUCUCCAAAGGCAAAGCGCAAGAGAGGUGUGAAAAUCAGCAGUGUGGCUUUGGAUUCUAUGCAUUGGCAAAAUGACUCUGUCCAAAUCAUAGCAAGUGCCAGUGAUUUAAAAAGUAUGGAUGAAUUUCUUCUGAAAAAGAUGAAUGACCUAGAUAAUGAAGACAGCAAGAAAGAUACAUUAGUGGAUGUUGUAUUUAAAAAAGCCCUGAAAGAAUUUCGGCAGAAUAUCUUCAGCUCUUACUCAUCUGCAUUGGCGAUGGAUGAUGGGAAAAGCAUACGAUAUAAAGACCUGUAUGCACUGUUUGAACAGAUUCUGGAAAAGACCAUGAGACUUGAGCAACGUGAUUGGAAUGAAUCUCCAGUGAGAGUUUGGGUUAACACGUUCAAGGUGUUUUUAGAUGAAUACAUGAAUGAAUUCAAGACUCUGGAUAGCACAGCCUCAAAGGUGCCUAAAACAGAAAGAAAGAAAAGGAGGAAAAAAGAAACUGAUUUGGUGGAAGAGCACAAUGGCCACAUCUUUAAGGCCACCCAGUAUAGCAUCCCUACAUACUGUGAAUACUGUUCUUCCUUGAUAUGGAUAAUGGACAGAGCCUCUGUUUGCAAAUUGUGUAAGUAUGCUUGUCAUAAGAAGUGCUGUCUGAAAACCACAGCCAAGUGCUCCAAGAAGUACGAUCCAGAGCUGUCAUCUCGGCAAUUUGGGGUUGAACUGUCCCGUUUGACUAGUGAAGACCGAGCUGUUCCUUUAGUGGUUGAAAAGCUCAUAAACUACAUUGAAAUGCAUGGGCUUUAUACUGAAGGUAUUUACCGGAAGUCUGGUUCAACUAAUAAAAUCAAGGAGCUUCGACAAGGUCUAGAUACAGAUGCUGAAAGUGUAAACCUAGAUGACUAUAACAUACAUGUUAUUGCAAGUGUAUUCAAACAAUGGCUUCGUGAUUUGCCCAAUCCACUCAUGACCUUUGAACUCUAUGAGGAAUUUCUUCGAGCUAUGGGCCUUCAGGAGAGAAAGGAGACAAUCCGUGGUGUGUACUCUGUAAUUGAUCAGCUCUCCCGAACUCAUCUCAAUACACUGGAACGCCUUAUCUUUCAUCUAGUAAGGAUUGCUCUACAGGAAGACACUAAUCGAAUGUCUGCUAAUGCUCUGGCCAUUGUGUUUGCACCUUGCAUUCUCCGUUGCCCUGACACUACUGACCCACUACAAAGUGUACAAGAUAUCAGUAAGACUACCACCUGUGUGGAGCUGAUUGUUGUAGAACAAAUGAAUAAAUAUAAGGCCCGUCUCAAAGAUAUAAGUAGCCUGGAAUUUGCUGAAAAUAAAGCAAAGACCAGACUAUCACUGAUUCGUAGAUCAAUGGGAAAGGGGCGUAUGCAUCGCGGAAACUAUCCAAGUCCAUCCUCUCCUGUUAUAGUCCGAUUGCCUUCCAUGUCUGAUGUCCCUGAAGAGACCAUGACUAGUGAGACAGCCAUGGAGACUGACAUCACAGAACAGCAGCAAGCAGCAAUGCAGCAGGAGGAGAAAGUGCUGACUGAGCAGAUUGAGAACUUACAGAAGGAGAAGGAAGAACUAACAUUUGAGAUGCUUAUAUUGGAACCUCGUGCCUCUGAUGACGAAACCCUUGAGUCUGAGGCCUCUAUUGGGACUGCUGAUAGCUCAGAAAAUUUGAAUAUGGAUUCUGAAGAGAGAAGCUUAGCCCUUAGCUCCCUGAAAACAGCUGCCAAGUCCGAGCCUUCAAGCAAGUUUCGAAAGCCACUAAGAAAGCAGCCAGACUCUGUGGACUCCUCCGUCUCUUCAUGUUUAUCUAACACUACAUCAUCUCAUGGCACUAGAAAGCGAUUUCAGAUUUAUUCCAAGUCUCCAUUCUACCGAGCUGCCUCAGCUUGUGAGGCCCUGGGAACAGAAGGACCACUAGGCCAAGCCAAAUCCCUAGAAGACAGGCCUCAGUUCAUCAGCAGAGGAACUUUCAACCCUGAAAAGGGCAAACAAAAACUCAAGAAUGUGAAAAACUCACCUCAGAAAACCAAAGAGACCCCAGAGGGGACAGUCACAUCUGGCCGAAAGAAAACUGUGGACCCUGCCUGCAGCUCUGCACAGCAGCUACCACUCUUUGGAGAUAAUGAGUUUAUGGUUUGAAUGACAGAUGCGUCCCCAUGUGGCUAGAGUGGUGAACACAUCUCAUCUUUGGGGCCUCUGCUGGUCACUUUGUCCGUAACAGUCAGUCCUAAUGGUUCUGCCUCUUGUUUCAGCAGUUUGUGUGCUGGAUCGCUGGGCUUCCUGCAGAAGUGGCCUCUUUGAAGCUGGCUAGGGAUGGGCCAGCUGUGCCUUGGCUGCUGUAUUUGAGAUUCCACUAAACAAAGCCACCUAGGGGGAUUUUGGCCAACAGUAGUUGCCUCCCCCCCCCCCCCCACUCUUCCCUUCCCACAGAUAGUUGUUGAACUAGGAGGCUGUUGUGAUCCUGAGGAAUGCUCUCAUUUCUAGCAUUUGAAGAAAAUAUACAAACCUCUCUUAACCAUGAAAGCAAAAUUUUUGAGUUUGUAUUGGGAUAGUAGCUGUGGUAGAAUAUAUUUUCCACAAGGAUUUAUAAGCAAAAAGCCCAAGCCAUCUAUUUUAAAUUUAAUUUAAAAAUACUCCAUGUUAUAUUUUGGAAACAUAAACUAUGAUUUCCAUUAAGCCAUCAGAGCAUGUCUCGGUUAUCUGGUCCUACAGUGAAGAGACCAUGCUUUAUCUUUUGUUGAUGUUGAUAUCAUAGUAAUCAGUACUGGUUAGUUCCUGCCAAAUAUAUUGCAUGGGAUAAAGUUCUGGUAGCCAUACUGUCCUGAUUAUCAGAUCAGAUUCCUCUAGUCUUUGUUUGUUUUCUAUGUCACAGACACAUUUAGGUAAUCCCUAAAUGUGAAGGCUUUGUCCUGAUCGGCCCAGGCUUUUGUUGUUGUAUAGACUAAACUGAAGACUGUAUGGGAGCCUGUUCAUCUGCUGGUGGAAUACCACCAUAGACUCAGACAGAUAAUGUGACCAUGUAGUCACUUCUCUACAAGUCCUCACAUACAACAUUGCAUGAGUGUUAUAGAAAGCUGCCAAAAGAAAUGUAGAAAGUUUUCAUAUGAUCUAUUUAACUUUUAUCUUCUUUUUUCUCAGACCAUCAGUAUUAGAUGAAAAAAAAUCAAGGACUACUUGAAGCUAUUUUUGUUAAUAUACUUGUUCCUGAAGUUUACUGUAAAUACACAUGUAUAGUAUGCCUAGUUCUUUUUAACUUUGUGCUUCCCCCUUCUUCCCAUGGAGUUUCUUCCUACAGAUGAGUGGUCAUUGGACAGGUGGUGAGAACCAUUCACCCCUGGGUUGAGGGAAAAGUAAGGGCAUCUUUUUCAUUAUUGGUGGUCUCCAUGUACCUAAGUUAUAAUGUCUGAAACAUCAUGUACUAGCAGUUGUGAGAAUAGAAAUCUUUUUGCUAUUUAUAAUGUAUGUGAAAUGAAACAUGAUACCCUUUCUUAAGUAUGUGAAAAUGUUUAUUUUUAAAGUCACUAAAUACAUUUUGUCUAACUACCACAUGCACUGUUACAAAAAGAGCCUUUACCACCUAUAACCUGAAUUUUGGUUUUCUUCAUUUUCUUUGGUUUGAAGUUAUGGGAAUCGUAAGUUUUUGUUAAGGCAGGGUCUCCUCUUACACAACACUGAACCUCAUGCCACUGCUUCAGUGGUCAUUGGCCGGCUCUAGAGAUGAGACUUGUAGCAUCAUUCUGCGCAGCAGCUCAUGGUAGCAGGAGUCUUCCCUCUCCCUGGUAUGAGUUCAACAUUGAGACACAUGAAGGAUGCUUUGAAAAUCUCCCCAAUGAUGAUGGUCAAUCAAUAAAUGUUAAGUUUUAUGUCUCACGAGCAUUAACAAUAAGAAUGUUGGGCACUGUGUCCUAAAGGAACCCAGUAUGGCUGUGUCAAGGUAGGGUACUGCUUUGGGCCUUGAGGACUACACACUGUUUUAAUAUUGGGAAGAGCAGCUACAGCUAGGUGUUAACUGUUGCUCUCCACGUGGGUCAAAAACGUUACUAAAAUAUUUUCUUUUUUUAAGCUGUUGAACAAUUUCCUUCGUUUCAGAGGAAUGGCCUGGGGAACUCAACACAGGACACACAUUCUCCCACCUAAAUUUUUCAGUUUAGUUUUUGUUUCGUUUUUCUAUAAGGUAAAUUUGGGCCCGAGAAAAGACUACCUACAUAGGUCACUUUGUAGGAACAAGGUAAUUGACAUUAAAAGACUUUAUAAUUUUUCUCAGGGACCUAAAACCUGAAUUUGAAUAAAGUUAAAUAAAAACAUUUUUUUUCAGUUGC